AUGAUUGUGUCGGCCCUACACACAGCAGUUGAUGAAAAUGAAAAUUUAAAGAAGAUUGGAGAUAAACUUAUUGCGGCGUUCGAUUCUAUUGGAUUCUGUUAUAUUAUAAAUCAUGGAAUACCACAAGAUUUGAUUGAUCAGAUGUUUGGAGUCUCAAAAAUAUUUUUUGAUUUACCAACAGAAGCGAAAUUGAAAUGUAGUCGUCCUAAAGACAUUGCUGACAACAAUGGAUAUGUAGAGAUGGGACGAGAAAGUUUAAAUCCAGAACGACCAAGUGAUCUGAAAGAAAUUUUUAACUUUACACCAAAUUAUGCUGAGUUUUGGCCAACUAAAGAAGUUCCCGAUAUGAAAGAUAUAUUAAACAAAUUUUAUGAUGAAUGUAAACAGAUAGCUUUUCGUAUACUUGAUGUUUUUACAUUAGGUUUAAAACUCGAGGAUAGAAACUUUCUUCGAAAUAGUCAUAAAAACAUUGAUUGUGAUGGGAACUUUUACUACUGUAUAAAACCAGGCCAAGUUCGUUGUGGAGAACAUAGUGAUUUUGGGACAUUGACGUUAUUGUUUCAAGAUGGUAUCGGGGGUUUAGAGGUUUGUAACAAGAAUGGUGAUUAUAUACCAGCUACUCCUGUACCUGGUGCUAUUUGUGUUAAUAUUGGUGACUUGAUGCAGAGAUGGACAGCCGAUAAACUCAAAGCUACUAAACAUUGGGUGCUAAUUCCUGAAACUGAAGUUUUGAAAAAUACGGGAAGACAGUCUAUAGUAUUUUUUAUCGAUACCGACGAUGAUUUUGUCAUCAAGUGCUUGGAUGGAUCGGAUAAGUAUAAACCUUUCUCAACAUUUGAUUAUCUGAAUGAGAAAAUUGCAAUAGCAUACCAAUGA